GCCUGCCCUGCUGACGUUUCCAAAUCUGUCUGUCGAAUAUUUACCAGCAGCAUCCGAGUUUAUCAGAGCUGUGCAAAAUAUAGUCAAACAGCUGCUGAUAAAUUCAUAACUGCAUUUACCGGAAACCAGCAGGUAUUUUCAGCCGAAAUGGUUUUUGCCAAAUCGUGGGAAGAUUUCGAGAUCGCUGCCGAAAACAUGUACAUCGCCAACCCGUGCCAGUGUCGGUUCACGAUGAAAUACACCCACAAACGGAACGCGGUCGUGCUGAAGCUGACUGAUAACGCGAAAUGUGUUCAGUUCAAAACCGAAGUGCUAUCGGAUCUUAAAAGAAUAGAGAAAUUCACCGGCAAUCUGAUGUGGCUGAUGGCAUCUAAGGAGUAAAUUAGGGGGAUCGCCGUGAUGUUUUUUAUGCCUGGGAGAAUUUAGGCUGUAUGAUGUAUGUAUUGUGUAGGGUAAUUUUUCAUAUAUUAUAAAUAAAAUGAGAGUGCUGAAUUCAA